UAUAGAAACAGUAACAAAUCUCUAGGGGGAUUUUUAUUUAUUUUCCCUCCAGAGCAAUACCUUAGAAAAUAAAAUUCAUUUUGUAUUUGAUUUUUGGAAUCAAAUUUACAAAAAACCCCGCAGAGCCAUUCAAAUAUUGUAAUUUGCAGUUGAGUUUGAGGAUCUUUGCAGGACCCGAAGGAAUGAGAGAGAAACAUGUUGAGCCAUAGUGUCCAUGCUCUGCCAUGUGCAAGAAUAGAUGUACGCAGGGGACUUAAGGCUUACGGAGCCUCAAUUCAUACAAAUAUUAAUUUAUUCGAGGACCACAAAUUUGUGCGUUUGCUGGAGCUUCCUACAUCUUCAAACUCUGCAUCCUCAUUUUCUCAGGCCUUGGCAGGAGGUUCAUUCCAAAAUGGAACCAUAAAUGCUGUUGUUUCUCCAGAUAUCCGGACACCUUUUGCUUUUCCUUUCAACUUAAAUAUGGGAAUCACAGCAGACAUAAAAAAUCUGGCAGAUGAAAAUGGAAGGCAUGACAAUUCUACUUCAAAAGCUGUAGAAAAUUACUGGCAAGUGAGAACUGUUGCAGCUCAAAUGAGAAUGCCUUCUUUCCUUCAAGAUCGGAUGGUAAAUUGUGCACAACAAAUACACAGCACUGGGCAACCAGGAUCUCUUCUUUUAGUGUCUGGAGGACAUCCAUUUAGAAGGCACUGGCCAAUUAAUUGCCUUUUCCCCAAUUCUUUUUCGUUAUUGCGUAUUGCACAUGAGCUUCGAAAUAGUGGUGCGAUUGCUUCAGGAGUUCAGUUCUGGGCUGUUGAAAAUCCUCUGGUUAACUCAGUUGAUCGUCUCGAGAAGAAGAUCAUAGCAGGAGCCGAAGCUAUCAUUGUGCAGCCACCAUUAUUACCAGAACGUUUUAAAAGAUGGUGGGAUGAAGCCAAUCAUAGAGGUUUACUAGAUAUGACUGAAGUGAUUGUUGGGAUUCCUCUUCUCACUUCAGCACGCAAUUUUGCCUUCUGGCUUCAUCUAACAGAGGCUUCAGGGAAGGAAGCUGAAGCCCAACUGCAAGAAUUUCAAAAGGCAGAAGCUUGUCAAUAUGUCAGUGGAGUGAUGAAAAGUGCAUUUUGCAAAGCUUGGAAUUUGAAAACUAUAGAGAUGGUGAAAUCAUUACCAAAGGUGUCUGGGAUGCACUUGAUGCCGAUUACAGCUCAAGGCUGGCGAUACCUGGAAGAGUUAGUUACUGAGGGAAAGUUAUGAACUCACCACGACGGAUGCAAAUGAGUACAAUUCCUUCUAUUUGAUAAGUGAUCAGGGAUAGCAUGGUGUUUGCAUGCUUAAAAUGGUAAGCUGAAAGAAUAAUGAGGUUUCAGCACUGUACUUUCCUUAUCUUUGCGUUUGGCUUUCCAGAUAUUGAUAUUAUAAUGUAAAUCUGGGACCCUAUUUGAUAAAUGUAACAUACAUUUUCUUUCUUCUUAAAUAGCUUGAAGCCAAUGUAAUGUCAUAAACGAUAAUUCCUUUUCACUGUUGAUGUGCACGACAAAUUUAUUGCCCUUCAAAAAUGCCUAAGCAUUGCAGGCAGACAAUUUUUCUUUCUUCUUAAAUAGCUCGAAGCCAGUGUCAUGUCAUAAACAAUAAUUCCUUUUGC